AUAGUAUUAAUAAAGUAAAAAUGUUCGUCCCAUAUAUAUACCCAGCCACAACUAGCUCUUCUUCAUCUUUAGCAUUCCCAGCAAAAAACCCUCUCUUUAGUGAGAGGGAAACAGUGAGCUUAGCCCUCGGACUCCUUGUCUCACCGGAGAUGGCCGAUGCUGAGGAAAUUCAGCCUCUUGUCUGUGACAAUGGAACUGGAAUGGUCAAGGCUGGAUUUGCAGGUGACGAUGCUCCCCGAGCUGUGUUCCCCAGUAUUGUAGGCCGACCUCGACACACUGGUGUCAUGGUAGGCAUGGGUCAAAAGGAUGCUUACGUUGGUGAUGAAGCUCAGUCAAAAAGAGGUAUCCUCACCUUGAAAUACCCAAUUGAACAUGGCAUUGUCAGCAAUUGGGAUGACAUGGAGAAGAUCUGGCAUCAUACGUUCUAUAAUGAACUCCGUGUUGCCCCUGAAGAGCAUCCAGUACUUCUUACAGAAGCACCCCUGAACCCCAAGGCAAAUAGGGAGAAGAUGACUCAAAUUAUGUUUGAGACCUUCAAUGUGCCUGCCAUGUAUGUUGCUAUCCAGGCAGUUCUGUCUCUUUAUGCCAGUGGUCGGACAACAGGUAUUGUCUUGGAUUCUGGUGAUGGUGUUAGCCAUACAGUCCCAAUUUAUGAAGGUUAUGCCCUCCCACAUGCGAUCCUUCGAUUGGACCUUGCUGGUCGUGAUCUAACUGAUGCAUUGAUGAAGAUCCUCACUGAGCGAGGGUACACUUUCACCACAACGGCUGAACGGGAAAUUGUCCGUGACAUGAAAGAGAAACUUGCUUAUGUUGCCCUUGAUUAUGAGCAGGAGUUGGAAACUGCCAAGAGCAGCUCUUCUGUGGAGAAAAGCUAUGAAUUGCCAGAUGGGCAAGUGAUCACUAUUGGAGCAGAGAGAUUCCGCUGCCCAGAAGUUCUCUUCCAGCCAUCACUCAUUGGAAUGGAAGCGGCUGGAAUCCAUGAAACCACUUACAACUCUAUUAUGAAGUGUGAUGUCGAUAUCAGGAAGGAUCUCUAUGGAAACAUUGUGCUUAGUGGUGGAUCAACUAUGUUCCCUGGAAUUGCUGACCGGAUGAGUAAGGAAAUCACUGCCCUGGCUCCUAGCAGCAUGAAGAUCAAAGUGGUGGCCCCUCCUGAGAGAAAAUACAGUGUCUGGAUUGGAGGCUCAAUCCUAGCUUCUCUCAGCACCUUCCAGCAGAUGUGGAUAUCCAAGGGUGAAUAUGACGAAUCUGGUCCAGCUAUUGUUCAUCGGAAGUGCUUUUGAGCUAGGUGAAUACGUGAUUGGUGAUAUGGCCCUCAUUGUCUUUGUCUUGCAAGGUCCAGUGUGGCUUGUCUUGUGUCAUAUGUGAGUUUAAGUUUGGUCUAGUUUUGAGGCUUGGGUUAUUGAUAGAGGUGCUUGCAAUUGUUAUAAUUUGGACUACCAAAAAAUUGCAUUUUAAGUAGGUCUUACAGGCCAACCCAUGAUUGGCAGUGGGUGGCUGGAGAUGGAUCUUAGUAAACCUGUUUGCAUGUUUUACAGUCUCUUAUGUUUCAGACAUGGCUUUUUUAGGCCCUUUGUCAUAGGAGAUGAGGCAAGUUUUAUCCUCCUUUUUCUCCCCUAUAUAGGAUUGGAAGUUCUUCUUGUUGAUAUGUAUUUUCGGUAUGGGAUUGAUAUGCUCUUGUCCAAGAUCCGACUGAUUUUCACCAGAAUAAGUAGUGAAUUGAUUUUAUUGUGUGCUUAAUCAGGUUACCAAGGUUUA